UCUUUUUCUUUCGCUUUCCGUCCAUUUCAUUUCACCGUCAUCGCCACAGAGGCUUUUUAACUGGGACAACAUGGCUGCGCAGGCGGGUCGUUACUAUAACGAAGGCGGCAGGGCAACAAAAAGACAAAAAACGGAAAAUAACGACGGCGGAAUGGCUACGGAGGGUUACGAAGACCCCCACAAGACACUUCCCUCUCCCGUUGUGCACGUGAGGGGAUUGGUGGAUGGAGUCAUGGAAGCUGACCUGGUGGAAGCUUUGCAGGAGUUUGGGCCGAUCAGCUAUGUGGUUGUGAUGCCAAAGAAACGUCAGGCCCUGGUGGAGUAUGAGGACAUGAACGGCUCCUGCAAUGCAGUGAGCUACGCGGCGGACAACCAGAUCUACAUCGCUGGGCAUCCCGCCUUUGUCAACUAUUCCACCAGCCAGAAGAUAUCCAGACCUGGUGAUCCAGACGACUCCCGCAGCGUCAACAAUGUGCUGUUGCUCACCAUCAUGAACCCCAUCUACCCUAUUACCACGGAUGUUCUUUACACCAUCUGCAACAACUGUGGCCCGGUUCAAAGGAUUGUCAUCUUCAGGAAAAAUGGCGUGCAGGCCAUGGUGGAAUUUGACUCCGUUCAGAGUGCCCAGAGGGCAAAGGCCUCUCUCAAUGGGGCUGACAUUUACUCGGGCUGCUGCACCUUGAAGAUUGAGUAUGCCAAGCCAACACGUCUGAAUGUCUUCAAGAAUGACCAGGACACCUGGGACUACACUAACCCCAACCUGAGUGGCCAAGAUAUGAAUGCCAACCCCAACAAGCGCCAGAGACAACCGGCUCUGCUGGGAGACCACCCUCCAGAGUAUGGGGGGCCACAGGGUGGUUACCACGGCCAUUAUCACGAUGAGAGCUAUGGGCCACCCCCUCCCCCUCACUAUGAGGGCCGCCGUAUGGGCCCUCCAAUGGGGGGCCCUCGAAGAGGGGGACAUAACCAGCGAUAUGGAGGGCCCCAGUAUGGGCACCCGCCACCCCCACCUCCACCAGGGGAGUACAGCCCCCACGCCGAUUCUCCUGUUGUCAUGGUGUACGGCCUAGAGCCCUCCAAGAUGAACGCUGACAGGGUCUUCAAUGUAUUCUGCCUCUAUGGCAACGUGGAACGGGUAAAGUUCAUGAAGAGCAAGCCUGGAGCGGCCAUGGUGGAGAUGGGGGACUGCUAUGCCGUGGACCGUGCCAUCACCCACCUUAAUAACAACUUCCUGUUUGGACAGAAACUCAAUCUUUGUGUGUCUAAGCAGCAGGCUAUUAUGCCUGGACAAUCCUACGAGCUGGAGGACGGUACCAGCAGCUUCAAAGACUUCCACGGCACCCGGAACAACCGCUUCACCUCUCCGGAACAGGCCGCCAAGAACCGAAUUCAGCACCCCAGCAACGUCCUGCACUUCUUCAAUGCUCAGCCUGAUGUCACUGCUGAGAUAUUCACACAGAUUUGCGAGGAGCUUGGGGUGAAGAGUCCUUCCAACAUUAAACUCUUCACAGGAAAGAGUGAGCGUAGUUCAUCCGGGCUUUUGGAGUGGGAGUCCAUCAACGAUGCCAUGGAGGCCCUCGCCAUGAUGAACCACUAUCAAAUGAAGAAUCCCAAUGGUCCAUACCCUUAUACCCUGAAGUUGUGCUUCUCCACCGCGCAACAUGCAAAUUAAUUGGCAGCCAGUUCUUCAGCGACUGCUAGAUUAGCGCCACAUCACACCUUUUUAGUUUCUAUCCAGAAUAUCUUGUAUUGUUCGUACAAGUUUGUGUGUGUGUGUGCGUGUAUGUGUGUGUGUGUGUGUCCGUACAGUUUCGUUGUCUUUAUUUACUGUGGAGCUGCAAAAGCCACACGUGACUGACACUGACGCACAGAAGGUUGUUUUUACUGAGAAGUUAAGAGAAACGCUUUUGUAAUUUUUUUUUUUUUCCCCUGAAUUUUUUUUUUUUUUUUUUUUUAAAUCCAUUUGACAUUUUGCUGUCUACAGCAGUACACCUCCUGGGAAGUCAACUAAAAGGAAGAAAGUAUUCCAUCUUUUGUUUGUUCCAAAAUAAAAUAUAAAAGUUCGAUUCUGUG